AAAAAUGACCAAGAAAAAAUAGAUGAAAGUCAGUUUGAUUUAACUAUACCUUUUUCAUCUGAUUCACAAAAUGCCACAGGACCAAAUGCUGAUAUAAGAAAAUAUAUUUCUUUAUGUCCUAAAAACUCCAA